GAAACCUUGGAUUAGAGUUUUACUCCAAAGUGGACCCCAUUAGAUAACGGUGUUUGAACUCUGAAGUUUGAUUGAUCCAAUCAAAAUCCUAUUAACGUUCCCUUCCACAUUAAAACUUCUAUCAUUCCCGCAUCUCACAAACUCACUCAAAAUGGCAACCCCAUUUCCCUUCCUUCUUCUCCUCCUCCUCCUCUUCCUUCAACGUUCCUCCUCCGCCGCCACAACAAACACCAUCGGCGUCAACUACGGCACCAUCGCCGACAACCUCCCACCACCCUCCACCGUCGCCUCAUUCCUCAAAACCCAAACCACCAUCAACCGUGUCAAACUCUUCGACGCAAACCCCGACAUCCUCCGCGCCUUCGCCAACACAAACAUCUCCGUCACCGUAACAGUCUCCAACAGCGACAUCCCUUCCCUCACCAAACUACCCUCAGCCCAUUCAUGGAUCACAACAAACAUCCUCCCUUUCCACCCCAAAACCGCCUUCAACCGUAUCGCCGUCGGUAACGAAAUCCUCGCAACUUCAGAUAAAAACCUCAUCGCCCACAUUCUCCCCGCCAUGAAAGCACUCCACCAAGCUCUCACACUCGCAAACCUCACUCAUAUUCAAGUCGUUACACCUAACUCCCUCGGUAUUCUAUCUUCCUCAGAACCACCAAGCAUUGGAAGCUUCCGCCGUGGCUACGACCGUGCUAUCUUCGCUCCCAUUCUGGACUUUCAUCGUAAAACUAAAUCUCCCUUCAUGGUUAACCCGUAUCCGUUCUUCGGUUUCUCUCCAGCCAAACCCGAAACGUUGAACUAUGCGCUCUUUAAACCAAACGGUGGCGUUUUUGAUAAAGCAACUGGAAUAAACUAUACGAAUAUGUUUGAUGCUCAGAUGGAUGCGGUUUAUUCGGCGAUGAAGAAACUUGGAUACGAUGACGUGGAACUGGUUGUUGGUGAAACGGGUUGGCCUUCUUUGGGUGACCCGAACCAACCCGGUGUGAGUUUGGAGAAUGCCGUUUCUUAUAAUGGGAAUCUUAUUAAACACGUUAAUUCAGGGAAAGGGACUCCUUUGAUGCCUAAUAGAACGUUUGAAACUUAUAUUUUCUCCUUGUUUAAUGAGAAUCUUAAACCCACUGUUUCCGAGCGGAAUUACGGGUUGUUUAAACCGGAUCUUACACCGGUUUACGACGUUGGUGUUUUUACCCGACAACAUCAACAGGCAAUGGGGCCCGCGUCUGGGCCCAUGGCAAUGGUUCCUGCAUCAGGGCCUGCGUCAAUGGGGCCUACAUCUGGGCCCGUGGCAAUGGGGCCUGCAUCUGGGCCUGCUGCAAUGGGGCCGGCAGGGUCACCGGAACCGUCUGCUUCAAAGAAGUGGUGCGUGCCGAAGACUAACGCAUCAGAAAAGGCGUUGCAAGCCAACAUUGACUAUGUUUGCAGCAAUGGGAUAGACUGUGGACCGAUAAAGAAUGGUGGGGUGUGCUUUAAGCCCGAUUCUUUGAGGUCCCAUGCAGCCUACGCCAUGAACGCGUAUUAUCAGAAGUCGGGACGCCACAAUUCGGACUGUGAUUUUGGCAACACCGGAGUUGUUACUGACAAAGACCCUAGUUAUGGGACGUGUAAGUAUUCUUCUGCAGCUACAGGAUCAGCGCAAAACGUUAAAAAGCCUGAUACAGGUGGUGGUGGCUCACUCAAAUCUGCUACUUCAAGCCUUAGAUUAUAUGACUCCUUAUCUCAUCUACAAUUUCUUAUUUGUCUAUGUCUAUGUUUUCUCUAAUUUAUUUGUAAUAUGUUGAUGUUCCUAGUUAAGAUUAUGGUUAACAUAUGCGAUUUGGAAGUACGUGUCUUCUUUUUUU